CGCGGGGGCGCUGUUGUCACCGUCUCGCGUUUAUCAUCCCGUGAAGCAGGUGCCAACCAAUCUUUGCUAGAUUAUAAUUUCCUUACUUUUGAGUAGGACGUAGUUUUAGUAACAUGUUAUUCCGAGCGGGAGAAUCCUGGCCAGCAACGUUUCCAGCCGGCACACUCAUAGAUCUUUUUAGCAGCUAUUCCUUUUAAACCUAUGCGUUUAGCCUCGGUGCUAACAAGAAGGAGCUAGCAUAGGCUACACGUCGAUGGCUCUGUUGUUUACAUCUCAUUCAGAGAGCCUCAUGGAGUCUGUUAGGAGUGCUUUCCACGCUCAGCUGGCCACCGUCAUGGACUCUCUGCUGGCAGCCGCUGUGUGUGAGAUCGCCAAGAUCUUUGAAAGCAGCCUGUGUGAGCAGCAGGCUGAGCUGGCACACAAAACCGAGGAGAUCUCCAUCCUCCGGUGCAGGCUGGAGAAACAGGAGAGGAGGCAGAGAGCGAAGGGAGGAGGGAGUGAGGAGGGUCAGGUAUCAGAACGACAAGAGGGUAUGAGACAACAGACAGGAUCAGAACUGAAUGUGGAAAAACCUGCAUCUUCUGAUUCAGACCCAGAGGAAGUAUUCAGCACGUUGAAAGAGGAGGUUACAAUGCAGGAUGGGGCUUCUAUAAAACAUGAGCAUGCUGGUUCCCAAGACACAGAUGGAAUCCUGACUACAGGAGACAACAAACAGGUUGAAGAUCUGUCUGCUACACAAACGGAGACUAAAGUAUCUAACUGGAGUGAAAGCAGUCACAGCACAGACCACAGACCCCACCAAGAUCAAGCCUCUGCUCCUUUUGUAUCCAUUUCCCAGAGCGGACGUUGUUCUCCCACAACUGAUCCCAGUCUACCUCCACCAGGAGAGUGGUUACCAGGCCUGGGCUCUGCUCGAGGAGGUGUGUCAGGUCUAGAUAACCUGCAGACAGACUGCAUCAGCUGUUUGGCUCCAGCUAGCUGCAGCACCGAGUCCUCAUGCUUCCGACCUGGUUUCAAAUCAGAUGAGACCAGCAAUGAAGCCGAGGAAAACGCUUUCCAGUUUUUGGACCGGGAACGUGAAAACCGACACUCCAAUCAGAACACAGAUCACAGUCGGGACGUGGAACAGAAAGGGACUCAGUCAGACCACCUCCACGUUCCCUCUGGUGAAACAGCAUGGCAGACGGGAGACGUCAGGGCUGUGAGAAAUCCCAGCAAUCACACACGACGGAUCACAAACUUUGGUAGCAGAAAUCCACUGCGACCUCAGUCAAAUUCCUCAUCGCUCGCUGCACGACCGUUAAGCUCUCUCAUCCACCAUCCAGCUCCUGGUGGAGGUAAUGGACGACCUUACUCCUGUCCGUACUGCACAAAGUGUUUCACCUACCCUUCCCAUCAGCGCAGACAUCUUUUACGGCACACUGGAGUCAGACCGCAUCCCUGUCAGUUUUGUGACAAGAGCUUCCUGACCCCAUCGGAACUGACUGUCCACACUCGCACUCACACUGGAGAGAGGCCGUUUGGCUGUGCUCAGUGUGGGAAACGCUUUGCACGCAGUGGCAACAUGAGAGCCCACCAACGAGAUGUCCACAUGGGGAAGAGGCCCUUUGCUUGCACGGAGUGUGGAAAAAGAUUUUCCCACAGGGGGAACUUGAGAGUGCACAACCACAGGGUCCAUCAAGGAGACCCGUACUACAUUGAUGAUCAGCCUGAGCCUGACUUGGACCCAAAUGCUAUUUAAAACCUGGCUAAGCAAGCUGAACGAGUCCACUUUGUAGCAUAUAUCCACAUAUUAAUUAUGACCAAUAAGAUGUGAUUAUUCCAUAUAAAUAUGAAAUAUCAAUCUGAUUGAUCUUUGAAUGUUUAGUCAGAAGAGUCUAGGGUUCUUUGCUUCUUUAGGGACCAUAAACACACUUCGUAUUAAUUCAGACAGUCAGUAUAUAGUUCAGGGGUCGGCAAUCCGUGGCUCUGGAACCGCAUGCGGCUCUUCCAUCCAUCUGAUGCGGCUCUCUGUGCUUGUAAAAUAAUGAAUGGAUAUUUAAAUAAAAUGCUUUAUAUUUUACUGCAUUAAUUUUACAUCUGUAAGCCAAUUCUAAAUGUAAAGAUUGUCUGCGUAAACCUGAACAGUUCCAACCUGGUCUUACUGUGAGACCGGGUUGACGGGUCACGCUUGUGCGUAAUCAUAAGCGCUUCCUGAGCUGACGAGGAUGUGAGAUUCUGGGAUUCUCCUCAGACAGGCUCCUGGAUGUGCCGCCACAUUGGAGACAAGAUCAAGCACUAUUCAGCCAAAGUUUCAUAAUCAGGGAACACUUUCUAAGUGACAAGUCUCGCUUCAGUCGGAGGAAUCUUCCUGCAUGCGCUCUGGUUCUACGACGCGCUCCAAGCCCCUCUCCACAUCUUCAGCUCGCUGUGCACCGUACGUACACGCUGACAGCGAGCUGCGCUGAGCAGUGUCCAGCUCAGAUGUUCAGAUGGGAAUUUUUUCUUGAGUGAUUUAGCUACAUCUGCGAUGUGCGUAGAAUAAAAUGUCAGUUCGUCUGCAUGCGUCGGGGUAAUUAUUUCUAUUCUUCAUUUUAAAAAAAACGGUCAAAUACGGGAACUAUCCGGUCAACACAACACAAGCCCUGCUUUUAACUGUUCUGUUUUCUUGUGAAAAUAGAUCAAAUUAAACUUGAUUAACACCAGAGCCAGGCGCACUGCGCCGUUGUCUCCGUCACUGUAAAAGAGGGAAAAACAAAAUGAUCGGAUCCUUUUCUGACCAUCCCCACCUACAAGGUUUAAUUACAACAAUCAAACGUGACAGAGCCUGGAUUUGUAUUCUGAACAGUCUAAACAUGUUUUAAAAAGAAACGUAUGACAAAAGUGGCACCUGCUCAGUAAAACCACCAACAGGGUGAAAAAUAUCAAAAUAUUGUAGCAGAGACGGGCUACAACUUCUGGAUCCAUUUUAUAAAAGUCAUUUUAUUGAUUAUCUUCUUAUGAAAGAUAACUUUGACGUACACGAGCGACCGGUACCGGCUGCUAUUACCUGUUGUGAGCAGCUCUCUGCUGUCUGAGGGUAGGCCCCGCCCACAACGCCGCGGCUGCUGUGGCUCCCAGUGUUUUCUUUACUGUGGGAAAUGGGUAAUAAUGGCUCUUUGAUGGGAACAGGUUGCCGACCCCUGGUAUAGAAAAAAGGAAUUUUAUUCUUUUCUCAACUAAUGAUUAUACAUGACAAGAUAUGAUUAAUGAGAUGCGAUGGAGUGGAAAUGCGGUGAUGGAAUGUGAUGUGUGAGGUGGUGUGAUGUAAAUUAGAUGUUUAUUAGAAUCUUUGUAUCUGAAAGAAAUUGUGAAAUCUUGGUGUUAAUGAAUGUGUUGUCUGCUAUAAACUAGAGAGUUGAUUAUUGAUGAAACAGCAUCAGACGCAACCUGUUGUGUCUACAAACCCUGGCGGAGACCCCCAGCAGAUCCGGACUGUCAGAAGUCGGGUGGACCUCAUGGCACCUGAAGCCAGUAGAUUAACUUGGGCUGCAUGGUGGCGCAGUUGUUAGCACUGUUGCCUCGCAGCAUAAAGGUUGCAGGUUCAAAACUCGGCUGCGGCCUUUCUGCGCGGAGCUGCGUGUUCUCCCCAUGCAUGCGUGGGUUUCCUCCGGGUACUCCGGUUUCCCCCACAGAUCACAACAUGCCCUAUAGGUUAUAAAUUGUAAGUCACUUUGGAUAAAAGCAUCUGCCAAAUAAAUAAACAUAAACUUAGAUACGACCCAGCCAGUCUUGAGAUGUCUCCAGGUCACAACAGUAGCUGGAAUGCUUGUCUGCAUCCAAAGUGGAUGUGGCUCUCAAGGAGCCGUCUGGCUGUGUCAACUUGCAGCAUGCAAACAGGUUGACUGUAUGUCAAAAGAGAUGGCUCAAGGAUGCUUGUUCCGAUUUGGCCGGUUCGAAACUGCUCAAACCUGAAUUACUCGGGGAAGUAGUUCCUGUUUAUUAAACUACUUUGCCAUGAUUUGCGGCCUUUCUGGCAAAUCAGAAAGUACCAUGUCUAGAAGGCUUUACCUCAGAAAGCCACGCCUUCCUUCAGAUACAAGAUUCUUAAUUUUGUGAAUAAAGAAUAUUUAAACGUUAUGUCAGGUGAACCUUAACCUUAAUUUGUAUCUUAUGAAGAUGUGUAUGAGUGUAGAUAAUGAUUAACUUGUUAAAUCAAACGCUGAUAAGAUCUGCAGUAAGAACAACAUUCAUUUCAACUUCAUUGAUUCAAGCACAUAUUAUUCAAAGAUUUCCUUUAAACAUCUUGUUCAUUCAUCACAUAUGAUUAUUUAACUUAUAAGUUGUGUGGAUUAAAUUUUAUUCUGAGUGAGGAAUCCAGCAGUCUGACUUUUAGCAGAGAGACGAGGCUUUUGCGGGAAACCUUGACAGUUUAUUUAUGUCUGCGUUGAAGAACAACAAGUGAGCAAAAGCUUUGAUUUGUGCGUCUGGAUCCUCCAGCUGGCGUAACCUUGACUUUGCAGCUCUGGCGCGUAUGAAAGGUUACUGUGUCAAUUCAGUGGUGAAAAUAGACCCUUUUUAUUCAUUACACUAGACAUUAAACUGAGGGAACACUUAAAACUGUCCUAAUGGCACCCAUCGUAGACAUUUGGGAAAAAAAUAAAUUCCCACACAUGGAGGGAUUCAAUUCAUGUUAUUUGUGAAUAGAAUUUAAUCACAUGCAAGAUAAAAGUAUUCAAACAACUAAAUGUUGUAAUUUAGGUAUUCAUAUAGGAUAAAGGAAAUAACUUGGAAUUACAUUUUUUUAGAUCUAGUAGUAGAUUUGCUUUUCAUGAAGAAAACAGUUACAGCUACGGUUUAGUCUGAUUCCAUCCUCACUUUUGACAGUUUGAAAUGUAUAAAUCAUUGAAAAUCACACAAAAAAUCAUCCCUCUGAAAUAAAUUAACUUUUGUACCAUAUUCUAAUUUCAAGUUUCAUCUUAAUUUACUCAUCUACUGGCUCUUUAAUGUAAUAUCCAUUUGCACAAAACAAUCUGUCAGUGACUACUUUUACUUUAUUAUAAUGAGUAUCAUGUAGGCCUCAUUACUUCUGUGCCAAAUACAACUCUUAUUUUCACUAAUUAGUUUGUGUUCAUUUUCACAUUCAAAAUAGAAAACCUCCAAUUUAAAAGGUAUUUCAUAAAACCUGACUGUUCAGCUGUUAAAUGACAAUAUUUUAUUCAUAUUACCCCAAAAGGAGCAGAUGCAUUUUUCUGGGUGUUGAUGUGAGCCAUUAGUGGAUCAUUCAUGAUGUAAAUAGUUCCAAAACAUAUUUUGACUGUGUUGUGAAAUAAAACUCAUUUAUUGCAGUGAGUAGAUGAUACUAACGUGAAAGAGGAACAGUCUUUUCACUCUGUUUAGGCUAAGGGAAAUAAAAUUAUACUUAAAAACA